ACGCACUAGUACACGAUCUGACUCUUGUCUGUCACCGUCAACUGUCAGUCGGCGUAUUAUGCAUGUAACAAAUGCGUAAUCUUUGCUUCACCUAAUCGAACCGAGUUUUUUUGCGAUUGACAAUUAUUAUUUUAUUCCUAUUUUGUAUACCUAAUUAUAUUUGAAAACAAAUAGUAAUAUUAGAAGGAAGAACAAUCUGUCUAAAUUAUAAAGUUUUAUUCCUGCUGUUUGAAAUACGUACAAGACACUUAUUUAAAUUCAAAAUAAUAAAAAGAAACACAAGUGCAGUGAACAGUGAAGUACACACAUCGGCUAAGCAAAUAAAAGCUACUUUUUGUACCUACAAAGACUUAAGUUUUUGAUUAAUUAAAUAGGUACAUAAGGAACAUAUGGCUCAAAAUGAUUUUCUUUGAUCUUAACAAAGCUCGAUGCAGGAACUAAUCAGAUUGGUAAUCUUGCUUCAAGGACCAAGGACUAGUCGUUUUGACUGUCUAGAGGGUAUAAAAUGGAGUCAUAUAAGAGCCGUUUUCGCAGCACAAAGACACAACAGAAAUUAAUAAAGAUAUUGUGGUCUACCGAGUACUGUGGUAUUUGUUUUGAGAGGUCCGAGGAUCUGUGUCUAGUAACAACUGAUAUUGUAAUUGUUUUAAAUGGGGAACUGAUCAGUCUUCUUCUAAAGGAACUUAUCACCAAUGUAUUUAAUGAUGUGAACAUUCCAUUUGGUCCAUACAUCUGUCAAGAAUGUUCAAACAGAAUUAUACAAUGGUUCAUUUUCACGUGCAACACUAUGCAGACUGUUAAUUUUUUAUGCUAUUAUUUAAAUGACUUUAGCUGUAAAGUGGAUGACCUUGAGUCCAAGAUAGAUUCAUAUAUAAAAGAUGACAUUUCAAAAGCAAUUCUAGUCAUAGAGGAUAAAACUGGUACCAAUAACAAUGAAACAAAAUUGAGAGUAGAAGGACUUGAUAUUAAAACCAUUGACAAAGUGGAGCCAUAUUUGGAGUAUUCAAAACAUCAGUUAAAAAUGAAUUUGUGUCCUUUACCUUCUACAAAAAUUAAAAAACAUGUUGUUAAUAGACCAUCAAAAAAGGUGUUAAAUAGAUUAUCAGAUACGAAAAGUGGAAUGAUUAAAAGGAAAAGUGGAUAUGAAUGUGUGAAAUGUAGUAAAGUAUUUACAAGAUUCAACCUGUGGAAAGCACAUGAACGAAACAAACAUAAGCAACCUACUCCCAAGUGCAAGAUUUGCUCAAAAACAUUUGAUAGUCAUAACACAUUAAUUGAGCAUUACAAAUUGCACAGUAAAUUAAAAUGUAGAAUUUGUAAUCUUCUGGUUCCUGACACAGAAUUAAAUGAGCAUUUGCAAUUAAAUCAUGAAGAUGAUACAUACCCAUGCCAGUAUUGCAACCUUGUUUACUAUACAGCACCAGCACUGGUAGUACAUUUAAAAAUCAGUCACCCUGUGGAGAACCAGCUAGAAGACAAUUUAAACCCGCAGUGCCUGUUAUGCUUACAAUACUUUGAUAAAAGUCAGUUAAAAAAACAUAAAUGUAAAGGAAGAUGCCCAGACUGUGAAGAAAUAUUUUGUGUACAUUAUAAGUACUUAGUAUCUUUCACAGAGCAAAAACUAAACCACACAUAUAAAGUGAAAUGCAAAGACUGUGAUUAUGUUUGUAGAAAAAAAGAAGUCUUAAUAAUUCAUGUCAACAGAGAACACCUGGAUCACCAUCCAUUUUCAUGUGACUUUUGUGGAACUAAAUUCCUCUCCAAACUGCAAUUGAAACGUCAUAUUUUAAAUAUUCAUAUGGAUAAGCUUACUUGUCAAUUUUGUGAUAAAGAGUUUACACGCCAUGCAACAUUUAAAAAACAUGUUGCAGGGUGUCAACUGAAAUCCAGAGAAUUCACGUGUACACAGUGCCCAGCUUCAUUUGAUUCUUCAGUUGAUCUGGCUACUCAUGAGAAGCUAAAACAUAGUUCAGAUAAUUUUCCUUGUGACAAAUGUAAUCGUAUUUUCUUAAGUAAAUUAAAUUUGGUCUCCCACAGGAACAGGUCUCACAGAGAUAUACAAAUUACUCGCAGGAGACAAGUGUGGCUUUGUGGAUUGUGCGAUAAAACAUUUCAUACUAGAGGAGAAUGUAUACAACAUAGGACAACUCAUGAUCCGAAAGAUAAGUAUAUGUGCAGAAUAUGUAACACACAAUUUGCUAAUAUCAAGUAUCUACGGUGGCAUAAUCGUAUGCACAAAGUAAAAAAAGAAACUUUCCCAGAGAAGUGUACAACUUGUGGGAAACAAGUGAAAUCACUGAGAAAACACAUGCAAACACAUCAAUUGUCAAAUAAAUCUCCCAGUUUUGUAUGUGAACAAUGUGGAAAAACAUUUUUGACUAGCACACUUUUAAAAUCUCAUGGGUUAGUUCAUUUAGAGAGGGUAUCUUGUGAAAUAUGUAAAAAAAUGAUCAAACCAUCAACAUUGAUUCAUCAUAAGCGAUGGCACGUUCAGAAGAAAAACGGACUUUUGCAGAAGAAAAUUAAAAAGAAGGACACGAAAGUACGAAAAUGCUUGGCCAAAUGUGAAUAUUGUGAUUUAUCUGUGAUUCAGGAUCGAUUAGAAGCACAUGUGAAUAGACACCAUUUAAACAUUAGGCCAUAUGUUUGCGACAUUUGUGAAGAUUCAUUCUCUGCUAAAUACUACCUUAAAAUGCACAUGAGGGUACACUCUGACGAGAAAAAGUUUACGUGUGAAAUAUGUAACAAUAAGUUUCGGUUCAAAUUUUGUUUAAAAAAGCACAUGCUAUUACAUACAGGGGAAAAACCAUUUGUUUGUGACGUUUGUGGAGAAGGAUUUACCGGUUCAAGUUCUCUGAAGGAACAUAGAUUAAAACACUUUGAGAAAACUGUCGCCUGUCCUCUCUGUUUUGUAAUGUUCCAUUCAAUAAGAAAUAUGCGUCAGCAUUUCAAGAAACAACAUUGGAAACAGAGAUGCGGAAAAUUUAAUCCAAAGGAACUAGUCAGUGAAGAAUAUCAUUAUUUGUUUGAAGAUCGUAGAAAAGUAAUCAUUGAUACUUAGUAGCGUUUGGUGUUUGAGUUAGGUUAGGUUAG